GCAGAGGGCACAGGGAAAUUUGAUGCAGCCCCUGCACGUCCACCCUGUCGGCGCACUGUAUCUGCUGUGCGAGUAACACCGUUGAGGAUCAUGAAGAGUUCUCCUGAUCUCAUGCCUACUGAGCUGGACCCGACCCGUGUAUGCAAGGGCAAGGGUGCAGUUACUUUGAGGGCCACGUUAGUGCACAUCGAUGAUGAGGACGGCACAAUCCAAGAGCCAUCCGUCAGCCCUGCCAAAAGUGGAUGGAUUGGUGCGGUCAAUGGAGAUGCCACAGAAACAAGUCCAGCUGAGAGAAGUGUAAACAACACCAGAGCUGAUUUAAAUUCAACUCAAGUCAAUGAGACACCGACUAAGCAGGACUCUGCUGUAAGUGAGAGUCAGUUUCAGCUCACGUCCUGCCUUGAUCAGCCGAGUGCUUUUUACUCAUCAGCCAAAGUGUCCUCUUCAUUCCCCCCCACCAGCAGCGUCAACCCAACAAUCGUCCUGCUGCAGCACAACAGAGAAGCUGUGGCAGAGCAGGGCAGUGGCCUGUAUCAGAGUCCUGCUAUCAUCCAGAACAGACCUUCAUCUGAGAUUCCAGCAGACAUGGAGGGAAAAACAAUGAGACUGUCUGAACGUCCAGCCGUCCAGCCACCUAGAGUCCCAGUACGGAACACUGAGCUCUCUAAGGACUGGUACAGAAACAUGUUCAAACAGAUUCACAAAGUCCCAGAGCCUGUUGAAGAAAAUCCAUAUCGUCCCACCUACAUAUUCCCAGAGAGCAAUGACAGGCCCCUGAGAACCAGAGAUGAUAGACCAUCAUAUGGUGGUGAAGAUGUUCGGACAGUUCCUCGCUCCAGGAGUGCUGUGGACAUGGGGAGCUCCAGAGGACAGCAGCCUGUGCCGACACGAACAUCUUCACUCAAACCUCAGAGGAGUGAGUGGGAGCCCCCUGACAAGAAAGUGGACACCAGGAAGUACCGCGCUGAACCCAGGAGCAUAUUUGACUACGAGCCAGGAAAGUCUUCAGUGCUGAGGCUGGACAGACCGGACAUUAGUCCAGAAGAUGUAGAUUUAGAGAAUGAGCCUUGGUAUAGAUUCUUUUCUGAGAUGGAUUUUGGCAAAGCGAGUGCCCCCUCUUUCAGCCCCCUGGAAACAUCCUCCGACCUACAGCAAUACUCAUCCUGUAAAGCGAGUGACGGUGAAGCGGAGAAGAAGGACAGCUCGUCCGGCAGCGGGCCGGCAGCUCCAGAAUGUGAACGACACAUUUACAAGAGCGUCCUGGAGGGCGGCGAUAUCCCACUGCAGGGCCUGAGAGCGCUAAACAAACGCCACCCCAGCACUUCUUCCAAAGUGGAUUAUAAAGGUGGGAAUGGCUGUAUGAUUUCACCCUGCUCUUCUGUAACUGCUCACUCAGUUCUUGCCACUAAUGCUCUAGCUUCUCAAUAUAAGACUAAAAAGUCCUUGUCUGCCACCAAAGCCUGCAUUCCUCAAAUCCUUCCCUCCAAGUUCAAGCCCAAGCUAUCAAACUCUACUGAUGAGAACCUGGAAAGACGGUCCGAAUCGACACAACAACGUCCCAAAGCACACAGCUGUGAGGAUCUGCAUCACCAGCCCUGCGACUCUCAAAAUGGAGAUACGACAGAUGCCGACCACGGGUUAAAUUCAGCCUGCAAGGGCGAUGGUUCACCCGAGAGCAGAAACCUUCAUAAAAAUGGACCCGCUGUGGGAUCUGUAAGGAGCACACCUGAGUUCUCCACCCUCUAUCGAAACAUGCACAACAUUCAGAGGCCGAGUUCCCUGGGCUCCAGCCCCCACGGUAGUGUCCGCUGCCUGGCUUCCUUUUUCGAGAAGCCGGGGGAUGACAUUACCAUGGAGAGGCCUGAGAUGAUCCCCCGCGAUGCCGUCACAUUUCGGGUGAUGGAGUUUGAACGUAUCAUUCAGCGGUCAAACUCUGCACCCACUCGCUCCGCCUCAAUGCCCAUUCUCCCCAGUAAUCCAAGUCCCUCCCACAGUCCCGCGCCAACCUGCUUCCUUCAGUCGGCUCUGUCAGCUGAGACUCUAGUCAUGCCAGGACCUUCACACACCGAGGACUGUCUAGCCAUGAAUGCAGAGUCUCAAUUCCCCAAUGAGGAGCCUUCAAUAUCAUACGAGUGCCUGAACACUUCAAGAACUGACUUACCUUCAGAGAAAGAGGGCACAUUAGAGCAAAAAAACUGUUGCGGUCAUGAUCCUGCCAAAGAGACAAGCACCGGUGGUACCUCAGAACCCACAGGCCACCAUCACCACGAUCACUUCCCCUUCCACACCAAACAAAGCAAGUGUAAAGGCACUUGCCCGGCUUCCUACACGCGGUUCACCACGAUCCUCAGGCAUGAGCGGCAACAGGCCAACACCCUGCAGGAGAAGAGAUGUGCUCCCCCGAGGAACCUGCUCUUGAUGGGACCUGCUCCUUUUUCCUUACGCAAGUCCCUACACAGUCAACAGGCCAAAAAGACUUGCGCUCUCUCUGCCAUGAAGCCCAAGCCUGUGAUCCCCCAGCGCCUGUCCUCUUUGGAGGUUCUGGAGAGGCUCAGUAAUGGAGAAAGCUCUCCCUGUGAGGGGUGCAACUCAGAUGACCUAAUGGAUGUGGAGGGCUCAGAAGCCAGUAAAGAUCACUCUGAAGACUCAGAUUCUUCACAUCCAUUAAGCCAAGGAGAUCACGGAGAAAGCACAGACGAGGCUGUCCGGAAACGCCACGGAGAUAAAGAGAAAAUUCUGGAAGAGCAGAGACGGCUGAAGCGAGAGCAGGAAGAGGCAGAUACAGCUGCUCGGAGACACGCUGGGCUGGUUGUGACUCAUCAACAGUUCAUUACUAAUGACCGUUUUGGCGACCUGCUGGUUAUUAAUGAGAAGGAGAAGAGAAAAACCAUAGAGAGGACUCCUGCUCUGGCACGGUUUGACUUCAGAGCAGAAAGUUUAAAGGAACUUCCAUUUCAGAAGGGAGAUAUAGUGUACAUUUAUCGGCAGAUCGAUCAGAACUGGUUUGAAGGAGAGCAUCAUGGGAGAGUUGGGAUUUUUCCACGGAGUUACGUUGAGCUCGUGCCCCCAACAGAAAAAGCUCAGCCCAAAAAGUGUGCUCCGGUCCAGGUGUUGGAAUAUGGAGAGGCUCUUGCUCGAUUCAAUUUCACCGGGGACACUGCUGUUGAAAUGUCUUUCAGAAAGGGGGAGCGUAUAACACUGAUUCGCAGAGUAGAUGAGAACUGGUAUGAAGGGAAGAUUUCUGGCACAAACCGGCAGGGCAUUUUUCCAGUCACCUACAUAGAGGUGCACAAGAGGCCCAGGGUGAAAAACGGAGUGGACUAUCCUGAUGCCCCUAUCAGCCAUUCACCUCAUCGUAGCACUAAUGCCUCUCCACAGCCCAUUCGCAAUCGUCUCACCACGUCCCCUCUCCCCCUGCCCCGCUCCCCUCGCCGCUCUAUUUCCCCUGAGGUCCAUGCCAUCUCCAACGAGUGGAUCUCUCUGACUGUGGGCGGGGUGAGCAGCAGCCCUCCGGCUGCGCCAACUCCACCCCUGCCACCCCUGCCAACAACCUCCUACCGCCUGGGUGAAUAUCUGCCCCCUUCUAUGUCAGCCAGUCCUGUGCCUCCCAUCAGCGGCAGCCCCUACUGUGUCUCCCCAAUGGCUUCCCCCUCCACGUCUCCUUUACCGCCACCCUAUCCGCCCCGUCCCUGCUCAGCCACCCCAUUCCUCACCUUCACUCCACCCCAAGGCGAGGACUUCCUUCUUUCUCCACCCUCCCCCCGUCUGUCCCGCAGCCUAAGCCCCUGUGGUGGUGCUGGGCUUGAGGGUUGGCUCUCUGGGGCAAACAAGCUGGAUCAGGAGUUUCAGGAAGGGGAUGGGGCUGAAAUAGACAGGGCUGGCAGCCUCCGCAAGGCUCCUUACAGCAGGAACAAUAGUCCAGCAGAGCCAUUAAGAAAUGAUGUAGAAUAUUACGGGAGAUCUUCAAGAAGUCCUGUCAUGCUGUUUGACAUCCAAGACAACAACAUGAAUGCCAACUCAUUCACGGAGGCAGUGUGUAAUGAGAUCAUGAAUAUUGCAGAGACCUCAGUGAGGUACUGCAGCACUUUGUCACGCCCUAUAGACUCCGCCCACCGACUCCUGGCUCCUCCCAGUAAACACUCUCUCAUCAUUUCCCAGCAACCCCUGUCCCAGAGCAGCAGUCCUGAGCCUGGACGCAUGAGCUGUGGGAUAUUUCAGGCUCUGUACAAUUAUGUGCCUCAGAAUGAUGAUGAGUUGGAGCUGCAGGAAGGAGACCUGGUCAACGUCAUGGAGAAAUGUGAUGAUGGCUGGUUUGUGGGUACAUCAAAGAGGACGAAACAGUUUGGCACUUUUCCAGGAAAUUAUGUGAAAGCUGUUAAUUUGUGACACGAUACAAAUGAAGAAUUGACGAUUUGUAUGAAGCGAUUCUAGCGCUAUGCUUGAGCAGCCUGAUCUGUUUGGGACACUCUUACCUGUUGACGUCAAAUGAAGACUUUCCUCCUGUCCAAAAUUUGGUCUGUCCCAGAUGAAUGUCCAGGUAUGUGAUCAGUAAGGUGUGCGGCAUGUCAGCGAAGAACAUGCAGUUCAACUGUACUCCAGUGGCAGCAUUUGUUGAAUCACUGAAGGAUUUCACGGAAGAAUGAAGGUUUUUACCAGUUUCAUGUAUUGUGUUUUUGUUUUUCUUGAAAAAGCUCAGCUAAAAGCCAUCAAUAUAAAAUAUCUGGGAAAAGGUGUUUAAGUUUACAACUGCUAAUUUGACUGAAGUACAGCUCAAAAUACUUCAUCACAUACCUGACAUUACUGAAAAAUAUUAACAUUUACAGUUUAUUUUUGCUAUAAACGUGUGACUGUAGGAGAUGAGUGCAAGGUUUGAAGGUUUUCGUAUUAAAGGUUGGAAGGUGUUCGUAUUAAGGGUUACAGGUCAGAGAAGCUGUGAGAGAAUCAUAUUUUUUAGUCAUUAAAAACAAAGAAUUUAAAAUGCAAUUUACACUCCCAUUGCAGAUAAAAUUACUGGUUUAUGGAGCACUCUUAUAAAGAGUGUAAUUUCAGUUACUUUUCCAGUGAGGGGAAUGGAUGGGAUGAGACACAAUUUAAUAUUUGCAGAUCCAAGCAAAGCCAUCUAUAGACAUCAAAAUGAUGCAAAUCAGUGUUAAUGCAAGGAGGAAAACUUCAUAGCACUUACUGUACAGUACUCUCAGAUUUAGUUGACAUGCAACAUUUUGGUAACACUUCACAAUAAGGUGUCUUUUUUGAGUAACGUUUGUUAACUAUGAGCAAUAUUAUGGUGUUUAUUAACUGUUGUCAGAGUUAUGUUAGUUCAGUCACAUGAUUUAUUGUAAUAAUAAUUCACUAAUGUUACCAGAUAAUGUGGCAGUCAAUGUAAAAAUGAACAUUAAAGGAAAUAGACUCUGUAGAAGCUUUGUUUAUAUUUACCUUCAUCAUCAGUAAACCUUUUGUAAAGUGUUACCAAAAUUUGUUGAUAAGAUUAUGACUGAGUGACCAACUCUAGAUCUAACAAACCUUUUGAUUUGUAAAAUCAAAUGAAACAGUUUAGUGCUACUGUAUAUGAUGUAGUGAGGUGAAGGGCUACAACUGAACCCCACUAAGCAGAUCUGAACUUAGAUGCUUAACCUCAAAAACAUACUAUUUAUUUGCCUGAGUGGUGCAUAUUUUUAUCUUUCAAUCAUCUAUUUUUAAACAGGAUGUUCUGAACGAUGUAUUAUGAAUCUGAGGCGCAGUAUUUACCUCCGUUAGCACUAGCAUUGGCAUAACAUCCUAACCCAGGUAUCAUUUGACAGUGACAUUUAUGUAGUGUUUUGACAGGUAUUGUGGUUGUGUGUUGGGAUUCGAUGAUCCGUAAGAUUGCUGUACCUCAUUUUCAAAGUGCCAUUCACAGUAUAGGAUGCUACACUUGGACCUAUUGUGUUCAUUUCGUUUGGUAGUCUCCAUUGAUUAGCUUGUGGUCUUCCUUAACUGAAUGUAGUUUGAUAGUAGAUUUAUUUCUGCUUCCGUUUAAGAAGUUUUGGAUUUCUUCUGAUAAAAAUUUUGGAGAGUGGAUUUCUUCUGAUGAAAAGUUGUUUUUGAAUCUCCCCUUAAGAUUUAUACGGUCCAUUCCAAGUAAUGCCAGAGAACGUGCUGCUAGAGAGUUUCUGCUACUCUAAAGGGAUGGUUCACUUGAACAUUUACUCAACCUCAAACCUUUACAAGUUUCUUUUUUACAUACUACAAUAUUUAAAAUAACCUCUGUACAGUAGCUGAUAGCCACUGGUAGACCAAAAAAUGCUAUGGAAGUCAAUCACUAUUUGUGUUCACAGAGGAACGAAACCAUCUGAAGGUGAGUAAAUGAUUGUUUUUGGGUGAACUAUCCUCUUUAAGGCCCAUUCAUAUCAAGGAUGAUAACUAGCCUAUACCGGUUAUAAAAACAGCCUAAAUUCAGUAGUCAUAGAGCUCAUGGAAUCUACAGGACAGCUGUAAUAAUGAAGAAUGAUAUUGUUGGAAUCACUUUCACAAUGAUAUUUUUUUAGCUACUGAAUGAUAAAACCAUUGACAACCAAUCAGAAUCUGUGCUACUUUAAAAAGCUUGAGUAUUUAAAGUCUCCCCAGCAGGCACAGGGCGUCAACGUGACGUCAGAUUGAUUGGAAAUGAAAAUCAGGCUGACAUCAGAACCCAACAUCAGGCCGACAUUAAUGUCCAACAUUGCAUUUUGGUUACUUUCCAAAGCAACCUAAAAACAACAAAAUAACGUCCAAUGAUGUUACAGCUUGACGUUGUGUGGACAUUACCAAUAUGGCAUCUAUCAGACGUUAGAUUUUGGUUGCCAUAUUUGACGAAUAAAUGUCAGCAUAUGACGUUGGUUUAAGAUAUUGGCUCUACAUUGGAUUUAGGUCACUUUCCAACACAACCUAAAAUCUGGUGACCUAAAUCUAACCUAAUAUUAAUGACGUUUUGUGUCUACAGGGUCAGAUGACAAAACAGCAGCGCAUACUUAAAAUAAGCAGAACUUUAUCCUAAGUUGGUGCCGGUGCUAAUAUAGUUAUCAUUUUUACCGUGAACAGGCUUUUGUGCUUACCAGCCUUCCGUCCAAUUCAAAACGAGAAUCAGGAAGAGAUCAUUUGGACAGAAAUGAAGUAUUUAGAUGAUAUAUUUUUCAUUUUGUAAACCAGUGGUUGUUGCUGAAACCUUUAUUAAGAUGUAAUCACAUAGAAGAACCACGAGGAGUUAAAAAAAAAAAGUGUUCUGGCCUUUGGUUAUAAUAUAGGGUAGCAUAUUUGAAUGUAGUGCUCUGAGAAUCUUUUAACAUGGAUGUGAACAAAGUUGAAAUUCACAGUUUUCCUAUUCUGUCAGAGUUGUAAAUAUGUAAAGUAUAAACGAAUGAAAGUGACCUAAGUUACAGCAACCUCUAGAAAUAUUACAGUUUAUAUUAAAUGAAGAAUAUUAGGAAAGCACAGAGAUUUGCGUAACACACACAGACCGUCUCAUAUGACUGAGCGAGUGAUUCUGACACUGUGUUGGGAUUGAAAUGCCUUUCUGUCUCAUGGCUUCGUUGAACUGUGCCUCAUUUUAUCAUUUUAUUUUGUUUAUAUUUUUUGGCUCCUGGUGAAUGUCACUUUGUAUGGAAGUUUGACCCAAGUGUGUUACAGGAGACAAUUACAAAGUUCUUCACCACAAUCAUAUGAGUUAUUCAAGAGUGUGAGAUGACACCUGAGAUGUUUAAUUAUGUGUAAUUAUUUCUUUGUGGUCUGUAUGCAGAGCGAAUUUUGCAUUUUUUUGUUUGUUUUUGUUUAUUUGCAGUGCUGUUACAAUUACAAUGAAUUUAAAACACUAUUUACUGCUGUGAUUGCCUCAUUAUGCAAUAUUUAAUAAACAAUAUUACAGCUUU